GUCUACGGCGGCUGGAAGGAGGCAAAAUUAUCAUGAUCAAAACAUCGAACGUGUCGGCGAAAGACGCCAUGUUGAGAAGGUCACGGAGCAGUUCUGUAGCUGUAUCCGGUUACCGGCAGUGCUGAUUACUAGGGCUAUCUUCCGCUAUGUCCACGCCGCCGUUAUCAGGAGCGGGGAUGCCCGGAGCCGCCGCCGCAGCAGCCGCCGCCACUGGUGGGUUCCCCGGUCCUCCGCCCUCUGCAGCCGCCGCUGCCGCCGCCACCCGGGAAGUGAAUACGGCAUCCCUGUGCCGGAUCGGGCAGGAGACUGUGCAGGACAUCGUGUUCAGGACCAUGGAGAUCUUCCAGCUGCUCCGCAACAUGCAGCUCCCGAAUGGCGUCUCCUAUCAUAUGGGAACCUACCAGGACCGGCUGGGGAAGCUCCAGGAACACCUGCGGCAGCUCUCCAUCCUCUUCCGUAAGCUCAGGCUGGUGUAUGACAAGUGCAACGAGAACUGCGCUGGACUGGAACCCGUGUCUGUAGAGCAACUAAUUCCGUACAUAGAAGACGACUACUGGAAAAAUGACGACCGUGGCCCGGCCAGUCAGCUCCGGUAUGUGAGUGAAGAAAGGAGGGAAAUUCUGGAAGUAAAUAAGAAAUUAAAACAGAAGAACCAACAGUUGAAACAAAUUAUGGAUCAGUUACGGAAUCUUAUCUGGGAUAUUAACGCUAUGUUAGCCAUGAGGAACUAAGCUGUGGGGGGGUGGGAUGACUUGUAUUUAAUGUUAUAUUGAGGGAAAUGUUCUGUGUAAUAAAUGUUGUUUUUCUUAAACCCCG